CCCAUGGCAACUGCAGAGUCCUGGGAAGCCGUGGAUGUGAUUCGGAGGAGCUGUAAGGGCCACGGUGGCCCAUUUCCCUGGAGAGUGGACAAACAACCCCUAUAUCUACCCCGGUCAGGAUGGCGAGCGUCUCUGGAGCGUCGCUUAAACAUACAGCCAACGGACGUCAGGAAGACCGGAAAUCAGCCCCAAGCGAGGAGGAGAUCUUCUACACCACGUGCCGCGCCGCUUAUCUGACCGUGUUUAAAAGCAGCCUGGAAUCCAUCACCAGCCGAGAGCAACUAUGUCUGGUCCUUCAGAACGCCGGUCGAAAUCCUACAAGGAGAACGCUUAAUAAAUACUGGACGACGAAGACCAAAGAGUUAAACUUCGACGACUUUUGUGCCAUCGUGAAGAGGGAGAAACCUGCUUCUAAAUCCGAGCUUUUAAAGGCUUUUAAGAACAUCGAUCUUAGCAACAAAGGAUAUAUUGCGCAUGACGACCUUUACAAAAUCCUAACUACGAAGGCCGAGAAGAUGUCUGAUGAUGAAGUCGGUGCUUUAUUCCGUUUGGCCGACGUUAACAGCGGCGGCCGACUUGACUACACCAAGUUCUGUAAUGCGUUCUUCGCAACGUGUGAGCGAUGCACCAAAACGGCCGCCGAGCGCAUGGACGCCGACAGCAAGGCUAAGCGGCAGCAGUUCGGGAGCCAAGUGGAAAGGUCACCGGAACGUUCUGCAUCCCCUGCAACCAAACAGUACGUCAGAUCUUCAGACGGCGAUGUCUCGCCAAGAAAAGCUGAAAAUAAAUCAUCAAGACCUUCAUCUGCUCGAAGCCACAAAGCGACGGUGUCUACUGUGAUCAACAUGGGUCCGGCCAGCACCAGAACCUCAAAGCUGACAGAGCCCAAUAACUUACAGGAUUGGCAUCGCACGCAGUCGAAAGGAUGUUUUUUCCUUGAAGAUAACGGUGAUAUCGUCGGUCAUCAUUAUAAGAUGCAGGUUCCCCAAAAGUCUUCGGUGUUUUUAAAGAUCAAGCCUUUAAACCUCAGUAAAAUUGAAGGGAAGCCUUCCUCGUGGAUGUCGGUGGACACGUGUCUGUUCGUACUAAGAGAAGGUGAAGGACGCUCCGAUCCGCAGCUCGUCGCCUUCACGGAACUUCAAAAUAAAGAGACGUUUGGUUGGAAGGGAGAGCUGGGACCUGGGGUUUAUUGGAUUAUUCCAUUCACCACCGGAUGUAGACUAAAGAAAAAAAGGAAGCAAAAUAUAAAAGAAGCCCAGCUGGUUUAUCGAGACAGAAAGGAGGAUUUAGCACUAACACCUGAAUUCAAAUCCGCGUUGUCGGACGUGUUUGACAUCAUCGAUUUAGACGGGAACAGUUUCCUCAGCCUGGAGGAAUAUAAUUUCUUCGAACUCCGAACCAGCGGCGAAAAAUGCGACGAGGACGCGUGGGAAGUGUGCAAAGAAAAUUUCGAAACCAGCAAAAAUGAGUUAACGAGACAAGGGUUUCUGGAACUGAACCUCAUGGAGGCCAACGAUCGAGAGGGAGACCCCGGUGACCUCUGGGUGACGCUGCAGUCGAUGGGUUAUAACAAGGCGUUAGAAAUGACAGAGGCCUGUCCCUUCCUUAUCGAGGGCUACGCAGACAGAUGCCAGCCGAGGCUUAAAGCCGUCGGGCUCGAGUCCGGCAGCCGGCAGCUCCAGAGGGCGCUUUGCAGAUCUGUCAUCCUGAAAGGGGACGCAAAACCUGUAGAGGGCUACGAAGACGUCAUCAUCUACACUUACAAGAGCGACUCCCGAAUCAGCUCCGUUAUCGAGAACAAGUCCAACAGUAAAGUGCUCUUACAAGUGAAUAACGAGCAGAGUAAGAACUGCACCAGCAGCCGAGGACUCAACGUUUUCGCGGUGGAAGUUCCAGCAAAAGCGACCGUGGUUUCUCAGCAUGUGCUGCCGGCGAACGAGCGUCAGGAGUGGGUAUAUUACUGCGUGCAAAGCAUCGUCACCCACUGAAAAUCGGUGUCCGGUCUUCAUUCAUUUCAACCAAUCGGUUCAUUUUCAUUUUCUUACAGAAAAAGAAAAUUUCUUUAAAAAAAAAAAAAAA